CCCGGCCGGGGCGCCGGCAGGAGGCGGGAGCGCCCGCCCGGGGUUGGGUGACGCCCCCGCCUCGCUAACGCGGCGGCGGCUUUGCUAAUGACCUGUCCUUUCUUCUCCUCCCCUCCCUUGCUAUUCGCUAUUACUUAUCUCUCCGGCCCCGCGGUGUGAAGCCCUCGGCGGAGUGGCGGCGGACAGCAGGAGGAGGUAGCCGGCCCGGGAGAUGCUGUAGCGGCUCCCGCUGCUCGCUCGGCGCGGCGCCCGCCCCCGGCUGCGGGAACGGGGCCGAGAGGCUGCGGGACGGGCAGAGCCGGCCCGGCGCGGGCGGGCGCAGAAUGUCAGCAGCUUUUUAUUGAUGAAAAACUGCUUGUUAUCACCAAUCUGCACAUGAAAUGGAAGGGGAAGAGAUUCUGAAAAACAACUUCUGUUUCAGCCUUGCAAGAUGCUGCAUGAAGAGGAUAUUGGAAGCAUUCUGCUGCUUAUAUAUUCAAGGCUCUUCUUAUCCAGUGAAGUUUUCUAAAAAUAUCUAUUGCAAUCACGAGUUUUACAUGAGCUGUUUUCAGCCCCAGCAUUCCCAAAAUGACCUAGAGUAAAAAGAAGUUUAAGUGACUGCUCUACUUGAUCAAAAUGGUGGACACUGAAAACCAGCUCUAUCCCCUUACUCCCUUGGAGGAGGAGGAUAUAGACAGCCCUUUAUCUGGAGAGUUCCUACAAGAUAUGGAGAACAUUCAAGACCUGUCCCAGUCUCUAGGAGAUGAUAGUUCUGGAGCUUUAAGUUUAACAGAAUUCCAAUCACUGGGAAAUGGUCCAGGAUCUGAUGGAUCAGUUAUAACAGACACCCUUUCACCAGCAUCCAGUCCUUCAUCCAUUAAUUUUGCCUCAGCUCCAGGUAGCAUAGAUGAAUCACCCAGUGGAGCAUUAAACAUUGAAUGUAGAAUUUGUGGGGAUAAAGCCUCAGGCUACCAUUACGGAGUACAUGCUUGUGAAGGUUGUAAGGGCUUUUUUAGAAGAACAAUUCGUUUAAAACUCAUCUAUGAUAAAUGUGAUCGCAACUGCAAAAUUCAGAAAAAAAAUCGUAAUAAGUGCCAAUACUGUCGUUUUCAAAAGUGCCUUUCAGUUGGAAUGUCACAUAAUGCAAUACGUUUUGGACGAAUGCCGAGGUCUGAGAAGGCCAAACUCAAAGCAGAAAUUCUAACAGGUGAAAAUUACGUAGAAGAUUCAGAAAUGGCAGAUCUUAAAUCACUUGCCAAAAGAAUUCAUGAAGCCUACCUGAAAAACUUCAAUAUGAACAAGGUUAAAGCCAGAAUCAUCCUUGCAGGGAAAACCAAUAACAAUCCACCAUUUGUCAUACAUGAUAUGGAUACCUUAUGUAUGGCAGAGAAGACCCUGGUAGCAAAACUGGUAGCCAAUGGGAUUCAGAACAAGGAAGCAGAAGUUCGAAUCUUCCACUGCUGCCAGUGUACAUCUGUGGAGACUGUCACAGAACUCACGGAAUUUGCCAAAUCCAUCCCUGGUUUCUCCAACCUGGACUUGAACGAUCAGGUGACACUACUGAAGUACGGGGUGUAUGAAGCCAUAUUUGCCAUGUUGGCCUCUGUGAUGAACAAGGACGGGAUGCUGGUGGCCUACGGGAAUGGAUUUAUAACUCGGGAGUUCCUGAAAAGCCUGAGAAAGCCAUUCUGUGAUAUAAUGGAGCCAAAAUUUGAUUUUGCAAUGAAAUUCAAUGCACUGGAUUUGGAUGAUAGUGAUAUAUCCCUUUUUGUUGCUGCCAUUAUUUGCUGUGGAGAUCGUCCUGGUCUUGUAAAUGUAGGACACAUUGAAAAAAUGCAGGAGAGCAUUGUGCAUGUACUGAAACUUCACUUGCAAAACAACCAUCCCGAUGACACCUUCCUCUUCCCAAAACUUCUCCAAAAAAUGGCUGACCUCCGACAGCUGGUCACAGAGCAUGCUCAGCUUGUUCAGAUAAUCAAGAAGACUGAAUCUGAUGCACAUUUACACCCUUUACUACAGGAAAUCUACAGGGAUAUGUAUUAAGGUCUUCUAGUAUUUUUUCCACAAUAUUUAAAGACAGAAAUACAGAUGGGAGCAAAACUACUCAUACAGUUUCAUGCUGUUCACUCAGCCCAGAGCAGGAAAAAUCGAAAACUGGGGAACUGGAGUGCUACAUUUUGGUUUGGGAUCUUUUGUCCUUUUUUGAAAAAGUGCUGCAGAAAAAUACUGGUCAGAGUGCUCAAUGAAGUGUCUUACAAUGGUUCUUUUAUUUGGAAAUUUGAAGAUUGGUAAGGAAUACAUAUUUGUAUAAUAAAUCAGAAUGUUAAGUAACAGAAACAAACAAAAUUGUAUUUCCUCUUGGUUUAGUCAUUUUAGUAUUAAUAUAACAAACUCAGCACCUUCCUUCCAGGUAUCUGCACAAUCAGAAAGAAAAUGCACUUUUGUCUAGUGGUAAUUACUGAGAACCAGGUAACACUUUUUCUUAAAGUAUUCAGUCUAGGUGUAGCAAAUGGCUGGAUAUUACUGUCCAUAUACUUCUAAAAAUUUGGAAAUAUCUUUGAUCCAUUGCUGCUUUAAUUCCAUGAAAUGAUGUACAGCUUCAUCUAGUGUUAUGUUGGCAUACUUAGGGUUAGCAUGUUUAAAGAAUAGUUCUCUUAUGAAAUUAAAAUCCAAAGAGUUAUUUAAAAUACAGCAGAGAUUCUCCAACAGGUGUGUCUUGAAGAGUAAACAUGAUAAACUGAUGGGACCUUUUUGCUUCAAAAGUCUUUUAAGGAAAUGUGAAAAUACACCCUCUAUUUUUGUAGAACUUAUAAUAGCUCAGAAUGCAAUUAUUUUUGACAUAAAAAUACUAUUUUGAAUUGGCAAGAGUUUUGGAGAGACUGAAAAAUCUGAUCCUAUCCUAGGAAAAAAAAAAAAAAAAUUUAACUUUCCAGCAGUGAUAACUGAUUCCAAAGGAAUGAUUGGAUAGGAAAGGCACUGGCUUCCUUUAAGUGUCUUGGCAGUAUAGUUGUUUGGACCUGUUUACUUUUCUGAUGAAUACGCUGCUUCAUUUUUUACUCACUUGGAUAUUUUUCUAUUCCUUCUUCGGCCUCAUUGAUAGAAGUAUUUGGUACUUGUUUUCACCAGAUUUUGUCCUUGUGAAUAAGGUGACAGAAAUACCAUGAACAGUGUUUGUAGGUGUCAGACUGUGUCAUAGUAUGAAAGGCAGCACAGCUGAGAAUAAGUUUAUCAUGCUCCUAUGAGUAACCUGAUUUUUUCAACAGCACUUGCUGUACUCCUGGUGCAAAAUGAGCCAAAAGGUAAUGACUUCCUGACUUUUCCAUUUCAUGGGCUCUUUCCUCAGAGAGCUGCCCAGAAGUGCCAGCUGCAUGCAAGGCACUCUGCUGUUUCUCUUUCGUUUCUUUGAUACAGUAACUUCACAUUAUUACCUCCGAAUUUUACUUUCUGUUUCACAAAAACGAGGUCUCAGGAGCAACUCCAGUAUUUUCACUACAGUUAAUCUUUCAGUGGCACAGGAGGAGACUUUGUACUUGUUUUAUUUUUUUGUAGCACAUUUGAAGACGCAGGUAUCUUCACUGCAAGGACUGAGUGAUGAAGUGAGAACAUCACACUGUCAUUCCUAUUUUAGUGGCAAUGCUUGUUUGUGUCCAGGCCCACAGACACAGCUGGGCACUGGAAAAAUUAAAGGUUUAAAGGCAACUUGGGGUUUAUCUGGACAAUGAUUGUGGCAGAAGUUAUAGAUAAAUAUAGAUAUAUUUAGUGUAAAAUAUUGAAGCACGGGCCUCAGAUUUGGUGAGCAUCUAGGGCAGGAUAGAAACAGUAACUGCAUGUGCACAAAACUUCCUCCCCUUCCCUGUUGUCAGCAGGAAGAACAGGCCUCAAACAGUGAGAGAGGAAUGUUGGUCUUGCCAGGAACCCUCAGAUGAGAAUGGGCUGCCUUUUGUGUCCCAGAGUAGUACACAGUGUGCCCUCAGAAACAGAGAGAGGAUUUUAGGAAUGCUGCUGCUUUAUUCUCCCAGCCAACCCUGUUUCACUGAGGAGCUGUGGGGUUUAGGCCGUUGAAAUAAUUGAUCUGCAACAUUGCUGAUGCAAAAAGUUGUCAAAAUAUCAGCCAUUCUGGGAAGGUGUUCUGAAACUGUAGGAGCCACCUGUUACUUUGUCUUCUGAAAAACAUGAAUAACUUGAGUUAUUCUCCCCCAAAAGCACAGAUUUUUGCAGAGGGCAAAUUUCAAAGUUGUAUUCCAUAGUCUAGGUGUACUGUAGGUUCUCAGGAAAAUCAGACACAGUGUGCCUAACUAUUUUUCCAGCUCUUGUUCUCAAAAGUGGCUAAAACACUUUAGUAACACUUAAAAACAUGGAAAAUUAAUAAUAAAUAUUUAAAUUCUUAGCUAAGCUAUAAAGAAUUGCAAAUAGAGUAACUCAGUGAAAGCCAUAAUAUUUAGUUGUUUUAGCAGCUAUUUGUAACAAGGUCCUGUUAUAGCAUAAGAAAAGUGCAUAAUUUUUUUUGUUAUUUGAAAACCAGCAAGAAAUUUUUUACUACUUCCUUGGACAUUAAAAGUUUGAUUUCUGAUUUAAAUUAAAUUGCAGACCCUUAAGAAAAAAAAAAAAAAAAAAAAGAACACAUCUCUGAAUUACAGAAAUAUGAACAA